UUGGAUCAACUGGUCACUGGAGCCAACUCGGCUACUUCGUCGAGCGUAGUUUUCGAUUACGAAGCACAGAGCUGGCUUUUCUGGGUAAAAGGGUGGUACCCGUACGCCAACACGCUGAAUAGCUUGCUACGUACACGUGGCUUCCAUCCGGCCGCCAUCUUGUCGAUCCGGGGUCGUCGUGGGCCUAACGGUCUAUUACCGGCUGAGAUCGACACAAUAACGGAAGGUCAAAGUGCGGAGCGUACGGAGUCUCCAAAGUAUCGUCAUCUCGCUCACGCUCGGAAGGCUACCGUUGAAAAUAAAAAGAAUACGUGCACAAUGAUGAAUUCAACGCUAAUUGAAAACGUAAUAUGCACCGAUAUGAUCGAGAUGGAGGCGCCGGCGGCCCGCCAUACGAAUACGGAUGUUGAACAACCGACUAUGGCCGAUAUUGCGAAAAAAGGAGAAUGGAAAACACAGAAUACAAAAUCUAGUGAGUGGAUUACUGUUCAAAACAAAAGGUGA